AUGGAAAACGUUCGUAAACGUAUGGAAAUGGAGCUUGUAUCGUGCAACCGACGUUUGCAGAAAUUAAUAAACAGAUCGACAUUUAAAUAUUCCACCACCUAUUCCGAAAACUUAAACGCAGUAACAUUAAAAAAAAAAAUCAUUAAUUUUUGUAAACCUAUUUAUAUCGGCCUCGCGGUUCUUGACAUAAGCAAGAGUUUAAUAUAUGAUUAUCAUUAUAACGUAAUGAAAAGCCACUAUGGGGAUAAAAUCCAGUUGAUGUAUACCGACACAGACUCACUGGUAUAUUUUAUUCACACUGAUAAUUUCUACGAAGACCUUAAAAAUAAUAACAACUUGCUCGAACGAAUGGAUACUUCCAACUUACCGGAGGACCAUCCAUGUUACAAUGCCGAACGACAUAAAAUCCCAGGUCUGUUUUCUGAUGAGACGGAUGGGCUCAUAAUGACUGAGUUUUGCGCGCUGCGAGCAAAGUCAUAUUCAUACAUUUUGAAUGGCGAGGAGAAGAUCAAAGCCAAGGGAAUUAGAAAACACGUUGUAAAGAAUCACAUGACGUUCGACAAUCAUAAAAAGUGUUUGUUUGACGAGGAAGAGGAGGGGAAAAAUAAAAGAGAAAAUGUCUCCAUCCGCUCUUUCAAGCAUCAACUGAUGACGAUAAAAUCGAACAAAUUAACGUUCAAUAACUUCGAUGAUAAGAGGGUGGUGCUGCAAGAUAAAGUACACACACUGGCUCACGGACAUUACUCUCUAAAGGAAGAUGAACCCGAGGAUGAUUGGCCUGAGUUAGAUGAAGAAAGACAUAACUGGAAGGAAGAAGAGAAAGGCUUAAUGAGAGACCUUCUACACUGCAUAACCUAA